AUGAGAUUGAUCAUCCUACCUAAUUAAUCAAGGAUUGAUUUUUAUUCAAUCAUAAGUACAUGUUUUUACAAUUUAUUAUUAAUAAAUGUAGGAAUAGGUACUUUUGAUUAUUAAAUCUCAUUGUAUUACCAUUUCUAAACAAAUUAGGUGUGCUUACUUGAAAAUUAUUCAAAAACAUAAACAAAGAUACAAAUUAGCAUAACCUUUUUGGAUCCAUUUUAGAAGUCAUCAAAGAUGUCAUCCAAGAAUAUUUACUCAAAUGGAGAUUCUAUAUUACGUAUCUCUUUAUUUCAAUUAUAGUUCUCACAAUUUCAAUUGUAAACUAAAUAAAAUUUUACCAAUUUCGGGCUCUAUUGAGAUUUUUGACUACGAAAUAAACUAUACCACAUUGAGAACUAUUAAGAGGGUAUUUUUUACGCG